CAUGUCCUCUCACGGCUUCCGUAGGCAUUCCUUCGCUGUCAGUUAGUUGUGCGGUGACAGGCAACCAUCGGUGAGCCACCAAUCCUGCUCUAAGUGUACACUAUGGAAGAGAUAAAUAACAUUGAAGUCGUUCCGUGCACAGAGUCCGACUAUCUGAAACCGCUCAGGGUGCACUAUAACCAGAAUGGCACAAAGAAAUCCUGGGACUUCAUGCGAACUCAUGACAGUGUAUCAGUGCUGAUCUUCAACACCACCUCACACUGUUUUGUCCUUGUCAAGCAGUUCCGUCCAGCUGUAUACAUGUGUGAGUGGGAGAGGACCAAGACGCGGGCCCCUCAGUCUGCUGAAAAAACUGAGGAGGGCGCCGCCGAAGCCACUGCCCCAGAGUCUCAGGAGGGUCAGUCGGCCUCAGAGGGGGAGAGCACCACUCAGUGGCCCCCGGCUUCAGCGGGGGUCACCUACGAGCUGUGCGCCGGGCUGGUGGACAAACCUGACCUCUCCCUGGAGGAGAUUGCCCGGCAGGAGGUGCUGGAGGAGUGUGGCUACGAUGUGCCUGCCUCCAAACUGAAGAGGAUCACCUCUUACAGGUCAGGCGUAGGUGUAACAGGCUCCAAGCAGACCAUGUUUUACGCCGAGGUGUCUGACGACAACUGCGUGAGUGCAGGCGGAGAAGAUCUUCAUGAAGCCAGACCAGUCGACAUAUUAGCAGACUUUUCAUUCAACAAACAAAGUGGAAAAUGUGAGUUAGAUAUUAUUUCACUUCACAGGAAAAAGCAUUUCAGUUUUAAGCGUAUCGAUGUUCUCAAGCACAAUCCUACAGUAGGUCACUGUUUGUACAUGAGUAAUGUGAAACUUGUUUGACUCGGAGAGGAGUUUUAAUGUAGUUUUACUUUAGGAAUUUUUCUUCUUUUUUUUUUUUUUGUUGCAUAUUUUUUUUUAUCGUAGCUAGACAGACUUUAAAAACAAUACAGAAGACACUGUAUAAAGGCUCAAAGCUCUAGAGAGUUCAUGUAAUACCUGACAUGUCAAAGGGACACCCUAAAAUAAAAAAUUCGUAUUUUUUUAAUCUGUCCAUUGGGAUUAGCUUGGUGUGAGUCACCGAGUUUCGCUACUGGCUGUAGAGCUAUUACCCUCCUCUCCAGUAUAAUGGAACAGCAAUGUCAUGACCCGUUUACUCAGGAUAAUCCACAGAUGUUUUUGUGAACAUCAUGUAGGAACUAUUUUCUUUCUAACAAGUUGUAUCACAGCGCAGAAGAAAACCUAUGGAUGUGACAGGGCUGAAUGUAAACAUUAAUGGCACCCUCGUCAGCUGAGCUGGAACACUAGCUAGCCUAGUUAGCUUAGUUAUCAAGCCUCUCGUCCAUUAGUAGACGCACUUUUCCUCCUGUCCACUGAUACAUAAAGGAAAUAGUUCCUACAUGAAAGUGCUCACAACACAGUCUGUGGAUUGUUGAAGUUGCUGUUGAGUUUUUCAAUGCUUUUUUUUGGGUUUUUUUGGCAAAUUGAGCACCACAAGCGAAGUGCCAUCGAGUUCCUUUACAUUAGAGAGAAGGCAGACAAUCUUUACAGCCAAUAUCACCAAAACUAACCAACUUGCACCAAAUAAUCUGGCUAGAUAAACGGCAUUACAAGUAAGAUAAAAAAUAUGUAUUUUUGAUUUUGUGGUCAACUGUCCCUUUAAAAUUACCUUUUGAAUACAUGGCUGUAGGUUAAGAGGCAUAUUUUAAUGGACUUAAACCAUCUAAAAGAUCAUUUGAUCAUAAUUCAUUUUGGAGGUUCUCUGUAGAAAAUCUUAGAUGGUCAUUAACACAAAAAAUCUAAUCUCACAAAGUGAAUCUCAACAACAGUUUGCCAAAAUCUCAGGUCCAAACAUUGAAACUGUUGGUCAUAUUCAGGGUGGAUCUCUGAAUGUGAUGACAACCAGCAUUUUAUUAUUAAAUAUUAUAUUUCAAAAUCAGCUUAAAGGCAACAAAUUUCGUACUAUUUUUACUAUAUGUUAGUAUUUUUCCUCAUUCAAAAAGGGCUGGAUUUAUUUAAUAAUAUGGGAGAAAGGAAGAAAUCCCCCCACCUUAAUUUUGUUACAAAUAUGCAAGUUCUGAAGCAAAGAUAAUAUUGUUUUUAGAAAAUUACGACUCACUCACAACAGAUAACACAUCUCAUCGUACUUUAAGAGAACUGCUGCAGUGAGAGUUCAACACUCUCUGAUGCACCUACAGAAUUUAUUAACUUUAUAGGAGAGGUAUUAUUUUUUAAGAGUUUUAAGUGCAAAAUUAAUAACACCUUUAACAUAUUGAGGUGUUAAACUCAUGAAUCUGUCUUCUUAAACAAGAACAAAUUCUAGUCCCCAUAAUACAUCUUAGUGUUGAUGCAUUCCUCUGCACUCUGGUGUGAAAAUAAAGAAAUACUCCAGGUGAAUAUGAGCAUCAUUCCAGGAUUUACUGUGGUUCUUGCAGGCUUCAUGCAGAGGAAUAACUGACAAUCAAAUGUCAACAUUUAUCUUAUUACACCCAUAAAACCUUGUGUUUUUUGGUCUUUUUUCCUCUAAUCAGUUUUCGUAGAAGUGGACCCAGCAUCAUUUUCAGUCAUCUCAGUGCAGUUAUCUGGUCUCGCUUGAGCUCUAAGUGCAUCAUUCUUAUCUGCACAAACAAACAAAGUCAAGACAAUUUGAAUCAGCUAAACUGAAUAUGUUUGGUUUCACACACUGAGUCAAAUGUUCUGGGAGUGCUUUCCACCCAGACUGUGUUGGAAUAUAUGCAGAACCUUUAAGCCAUAUAUUUAUCACCCCCUACAUCCCAUCAUUGAGCUUCUUUGUCCUUCUGUCUGUCAAAGAUAUUCCCUUGAAGUAGGAUUGUAUAGUUUGCUGGAACUGCUUGAAUUAAUUUUAUUUUGUUGAUUUUCUUUGAAAAAGAAAGAUGAUUCUAAUUUGCUAGAUUGAAUUAUAUUCUCUCAAAGAUUCUCUCAAAGAUUCUGUCCAACACUAAAUCGUGUUGUUGGUAUCAAGUGUAAAUGCGGAUGUACAACUACAAACACAAAGAAGCUACAGGAUGUGGAAAGCACUUUUGGAAAACCACAAAAUGGCCACUGGACAGCUUGUUGGUGUUAUGUCUUUGUUCCUUGAGGCAUGUAGAGCAAAUGAGCAACACAAACAGGGCUUUCAAACAACAUAUUUUCAAGUACACUUCACAUUACAUUCACCAGCUUCCACUAAAUCUUGAAAUGUUUUUUGGCCUUCAGAAAGUUGUUUGUUUGACACCUUCUCCUCACCAGAUCAGUGUCUGUCGUGUUUUCUCCACCUUCUUCCAUGUGACAAUCAUUUAUUGAGUUUUUAGUUGAAUAAAGUCUAAGUGGAUCUCAACAUGUGUUGAGAGACGUUUAAUGGAAAACCUCACAGAAAGAUUCCCAAAGGUGCUUGCAGUUUUCCAUUGUCUUUGUUCUUGUCUAGUGUGAGAUGAACCCAGCAUAUGAAGUAAUGAAGAUGGUCUCUUUUUGACUUGGAAUGACUCAUUAGAAAAUUUUCUGUAGCCCGCAUCUUAAAGUGGUUAGCCAUAAUCAUUACAAAGUUGAUAGAGCAAAUAAUAUGCUGUAUAUUUAAAACACAUUUCAGUUUGCUGAUAUGAUACCAGUUGCUUCUGACUUGGCUUGAUGUAAAAUGUGACGAAGCCAUUUUAACUUGUAAGGCCAGUCUGUAACUUAAUGAGCCUGUCAAAUGUGGAAAACCGCUGUGUGACUUCUCUUUUUGCUGAAAUGAUUUUUCUUUUUUAGGAAAGUUAUAGAAGAAACAUGCAACAGGCUUGUCACUGUGGGCAACAUCAGCCAGCAAGCCAACGCCCAUACAUAAUUCUCCCUCUGGGUAUUAUCUUGAGAGUUUAGUGCAUUUAGUGAGCUUUACCGAGAACAUGAGGCUGCUUUAAUGAUGGAAGCAUUGAUAACUGAAGUGACAUUACGAAAACAGAUAGCAGCUGCAAGUGAGAGAGAUCAACUUAAUGUCUCUGAUGAUGUGUUUUUCAGCUUCAGAAUUCGCUUGCCAAAACAAACACAAACGCUUCAGGUUCAGCUGGUUCAGCCAGCAUCUCUAUAGUCAGUUCAGUAUAUGACAGAUAUUACGUGAGGCCUGUAAUUUAUCUCUGUUCAGCCUGUCAAAGUCAAACCUCACAAGUUCUCAGACCUGCAUUCUAUUUUAUACUCAGUCAUUUUUUAAUUGCUUUUAUAAGCUUUUCAGAUGUACCAGCUGUUUUUUAAUCUUAUUCUGUUCUAGUCUUAUAUAUAUUAUUGAGUUUUUCUCUGUUAAUCCUUUAAUUUGAGUUUAUAGCCAGUGCACUCUCAAAGGGUUGACUUCAUUUUAAAGGAAGACAUGUAAAAAUUAGUUUCACUGGUGAUUUGAAGGAAAACAUUCACACUUUACAAACUUUAUGCUUAUUUGCUUUUUAUUAGAUGGGAAUUAGCUGGGAAGAUUGACACCACUUUGAUAUCUGUGCAGUAAAUAUAAAUAUUAGCUUAGUGUGGACUUACAGUAAAACUGGGAGAAAAGGAGACCAAAAUCUACCUAUUACCACCACCAGAGC